GUGCAGCCAAGGUUGAGAACCACUGUCUUAACCAGACGCGCCUCUUCUCGCGGGCCAGGUCCCCGGAUCAGGGCUCGCUCCCUCCUUGGGGAGGACAGCUCCCCGGGCUGGGGAAGGAGGAGGGACACCGGCCGCCUUGCAGCAGGAGGGAGGGUGUUUGUCCUGGGUGGGGCUCCGUGCCAGGUCCUCUGGGUGGCUGUGAAGUGGCGAGAGAAGGGGUGAAACGCUGGACUCCUGGACUUUGGGCAGGGCAGGUCCUUCCGAGUCCCUGGCUGCCGAUCCGAGUGUCUUCCGGGCUCCGGCCUGAGCGCCCCAGCCACGGGUUGUGCUCGGGAAACAGCCCAGGCAGGGUCCUCCAGGCCAGGAUGUCGGGCCUGGUGUUGGGGCAGCGAGAUGAACCUGCAGGGCACCGGCUCAGCCAGGAGGAGAUCCUGGGCAGCACUCGGCUGGUGAGCCAAGGGCUGGAGGCCCUGCACAGUGAACACCAGGCUGUACUGCAAAGCCUGUCCCAUACCAUUGAGUGUCUGCAGCAGGGAGGCCAUGAAGAAGGACUGGUGAUGCAUGAGAAGGCUCGGCAGCUGCGCCGUUCCAUGGAAAACAUCGAGCUGGGGCUGAGUGAGGCCCAGGUGAUGCUGGCUUUGGCCAGCCACCUGAGCACAGUGGAGUCGGAGAAACAGAAGCUGCGGGCUCAGGUGCGGCGGCUGUGCCAGGAGAACCAGUGGCUCCGGGAUGAGCUGGCAGGUACCCAGCAGCGGUUGCAGCGCAGCGAGCAGGCCGUGGCUCAGCUGGAGGAGGAAAAGAAGCACCUGGAGUUCCUGGGGCAGCUACGGCAGUAUGACGACGAUGGGCACACCACGGAGGAGAAGGAGGGUGAUGCCACCAAGGAUUCCCUGGAUGACCUUUUCCCCAAUGAGGAAGAAGAAGACCCAAGCAAUGGCUGUGAGUCUGUCUCUGGAGUGGGAGGCCUCCCCAUCAUUUCUUACGCAUCAACAUUGCCAGGUACUGUGCUAGGUGCUAGGCAUACUGAGAGGAGAACGACGGGGCUGGCACAUAGCGGAUAUGAGAUCCCAGCGAGAUUACGGACUCUUCACAACUUGGUGAUCCAGUAUGCAGCUCAGGGUCGCUACGAGGUGGCCGUGCCGCUCUGUAAGCAGGCACUGGAGGACCUGGAGCGCACAUCUGGCCGGGGCCACCCAGAUGUUGCAACCAUGCUCAACAUCCUUGCUCUGGUGUAUCGGGACCAGAAUAAGUAUAAGGAAGCUGCCCACCUGCUGAAUGAUGCCCUCAGCAUCCGGGAGAGCACCCUGGGCCGGGACCACCCUGCGGUGGCUGCCACACUCAACAAUCUGGCUGUGCUCUAUGGCAAAAGGGGCAAAUAUAAGGAGGCGGAGCCGCUGUGCCAGCGGGCACUGGAGAUCCGAGAAAAGGUCCUGGGCACUGACCACCCAGAUGUGGCAAAGCAGCUGAACAACCUGGCCCUGUUGUGCCAAAACCAGGGCAAGUAUGAGGCUGUGGAACGCUAUUACCGGCGGGCACUGGCCAUCUAUGAAGGGCAGCUGGGACCAGACAACCCUAAUGUAGCCCGGACCAAGAACAACCUGGCUUCCUGUUACCUGAAACAGGGUAAAUAUGCCGAGGCGGAGACGCUCUACAAAGAGAUCCUGACCCGAGCCCAUGUGCAGGAGUUUGGGUCUGUGGAUGAUAACCACAAGCCCAUCUGGAUGCAUGCAGAGGAGCGGGAGGAAAUGAGCAAAACCCGGCACCGGGAAGGUGGCACACCCUACGCAGAGUACGGAGGCUGGUACAAGGCCUGCAAAGUGAGCAGCCCCACAGUGAACACCACUCUGAGAAACCUAGGAGCUCUGUACAGGCGCCAGGGAAAGCUGGAGGCAGCUGAGACCCUGGAGGAGUGUGCCCUGCGUUCCCGGAAACAGGGCACUGACCCUAUCAGCCAGACCAAGGUGGCUGAGCUGCUUGGGGAGGGCGACAGUGGAAGGACCUCCCAGGAGGGUCCUGGGAGCAGCGUGAGAUACGAGGGAGGUGAAGAUGCCUCUGUGGCUGUGGAGUGGUCAGGGGAUGGCAGUGGGACCCUGCAGAGGAGUGGCUCUCUCGGCAGGAUCCGGGAUGUGUUUCGUAGAAGCAGUGAACUCCUGGUGAGGAAGCUUCAGGGAACCGAACCUCGGUCCUCCAGCAGCAACAUGAAGCGGGCAGCCUCCUUAAACUACCUGAACCAUCCCAGUGCCGCACCCCUGCAGGUCUCCCGAGGCCUCAGUGCCAGCACUAUGGACCUCUCUUCAAGAAGCUGACAUUCAACCCACCCCCCAGGUCUCCUGGGUUCCCCCGCAGCCCUCACAGCACUCCCUCUUGCUCCAGGCUCUUCCAGCCCCUUGGGGGGACAGUGAAGGGGAAACAGUUAACCAGAAGAUUGCUGCUGCCCUUAGGGUCUCAGCUCCCUCCUCAGGAAUCCUUUUCAAGGACCCUCAGGACAUCCUCUCCCCACCCUGUGGUCCUCGAGUAGCUGGCUCUGAGGCUCCCAGGUGGGUAAGGAGCAGGUAUGCACCUCAGAGAUGCAGCCUGCUGCUGGCUUAUCUGUCAGAGGUUUUGGGCUGGCCAAGCAAGAUACCUGGCCCUGGCCUCUCUUGUUCCCUCGGCUGCCUCACUUCAGGUCCAUGUAUUUCACUUUUCUUAAAUAAAAGAAUCAGGUAACCAUUC